GAUUAAAUAGACCCUAGAACACCUUUCCAAAAAAUACUCUCCCUGUAGUGUUUGGAAUCACUUCUACAGGGGUAAAGCUUCAGACUCUCUCCAAAAUGUACCUCAGUGCUGCAAAUCACCGCAUACCUCUAAGUGACGGAAAUAGCAUUCCCAUCAUAGGACUUGGUACCUACUCAGAACCUGCCUCGACUCCCAAGGGUGCCUGUGCAGCAUCGGUGAAGGCUGCCAUCGACAUAGGGUACCGACACAUCGAUGGAGCCUACAUCUACAGAAAUGAGCACGAAAUCGGGGAGGCCCUCAGGGAAAAGAUAGCAGAAGGAAAGGUGCGGAGGGAAGAUAUUUUCUACUGCGGAAAGCUAUGGGCUACAAAUCAUGAACCAGAGAGGGUUCGCCCCACCCUAGAGAAGACACUCAAAGCCCUCAACCUCAAUUACGUGGAUCUUUAUAUCAUCGAAAUACCCAUGGCUUUUAAGCCUGGAGAUGACUUCUAUCCUAAAGAUGAGAAUGGCAAAUGGAUAUAUCACAAGUCCAACCUGUGCGCCACUUGGGAGGCAUUGGAAGCUUGCAAAGAUGCUGGCUUGGUGAAAUCUCUUGGAGUAUCCAAUUUUAACCGCAGGCAGCUGGAGCUCAUCUUGAACAAACCAGGACUCAAGCACAAGCCAGUCAGCAACCAGGUUGAAUGCCACCCGUAUUUUACCCAGCCAAAACUCUUGAAAUUUUGCCAACAGCAUGACAUUGUCAUUGUUGCAUAUAGUCCUUUGGGGACCUCUAGGAAUCCAGUCUGGGUGAAUAUUUCUUCUCCACCUUUGCUGAAGGACCCACUUCUAAAUUCACUGGGAAAAAAGUACAAUAAGACAGCAGCUCAAGUUGUUCUGCGGUUCAACAUCCAGAGAGGGGUGGUCGUCAUUCCUAAAAGCUUUAAUCCUGAAAGGAUCAAAGAAAAUUUUCAGAUCUUUGACUUUUCUCUCACUGAAGAAGAAAUGAAGAGCAUUGAAAGCUUGAAUAAAAAUGUCCGCUUUGUGGAAAUGCUCAUGUGGAGUGAUCAUCCUGAAUACCCAUUUCAUGAUGAAUACUGACUUCUGUGAGUUCUUGAAGAGAUUCCUCCGUGACCCCAUGUACGCUAGAACUUUGGACUGGAUGUUUCCCACAGAUGCAAAAAUAAAUGGGGUUUAGUACUCUCAAACGAUA